UGGCCUUCAAUUUUCUUCAUCACCUUGUCUAAAAUCAUUGCAAACCCUUCAAAAUCAAGCCACUUUUUGCCAUUUCAAAACGGAAACAUGCAAAUCCCAUGGAUAGUCAAUUAUCAAUAUGCAGCAACACUUUUCUUCGUUACCAUUGCUCUUACCAAAGUUACCUGUCUUAAGUUCAACUUCCCUUCCUUCCCAGAUGAUUCUAAUCUAUGGGUGAGCAAGAAUUCAAGUAUAUUCCUAGAUGCCAUCCAAGUGUCACCUGAUAUUCGUGGUCCCAUAGAUCAUUAUUCUGGACGUGUUUUCUACAUAGACCCAUACCUGCUUUGGAAAGAGAAGAAUAACCGAAACCAAAUAGCUUCCUUCAACACCACUUUUGUGCUCAACAUAACUCCGGAAACUACCCCUGGUGGUGAAGGCUUGGCCUUUAUCUUAACUUCAGAUAGGACUGUCCCAGAAAGCAGUGAUGGACAAUGGCUUGGUAUUGUAAAUGCUACUUCCAAUGGAACUUCACAGCCUGGUAUUCUAGCAGUUGAAUUUGACACAAGACACAGUUUCACUGAAGAUGGCCCCGACAAUCACGUUGGCAUCAAUAUAAACAGCAUCAACUCCAUCCAACAGGUUUCGUUAAUAAACUCUCGGCUCAAUCUAUCUUCAGGUCAAGAUGUCAAAAUUCACAUUCAGUACAUCAAUGACACAAUAUCAGUUUUUGGUGCCAUGAGUGGAACUUCUGAAGAAUCCAUGGAGACCCUCUUGGUGUCUGAGCCUCUUAAUUUAUCUUCCUUUCUUCAAAAAGAGGUUUACAUUGGCUUCUCCGCCUCAACAAGUAACUACACGCAGCGGAACUGUGUAAGAUCGUGGGAAUUCAGCGGGGAUGAUAUUAGAGAUGAUGACAACAGUCUCUUGUGGGUUUAUGUUGCCGUUCCAAUCGUGAUUGUUUUAAUUAUCAUUGGUGGGUUGGUGAUCUUUUUCUUGCGCUGGCAAAAGAUUCGCCAUAUGGAGGGGCCAGAAGAUGCAUAUCCAAGGAUAGAGGACCAGAUUAAAUAUUCCUCUAUGGCUCCGAAGAAGUUUAGGCUAAGGGAACUAACGAAAGCAACUGGUGGAUUCAGCCUUCAAAACAAGCUAGGACAAGGUGGGUUUGGAACUGUGUAUAAGGGACUACUGGAAAAUAAGGAGGUAGCUGUAAAGAGAGUUUCCAAGAACUCACGCCAAGGGAAGCAAGAGUUUGUGGCAGAAGUGACAACAAUCGGAAGCCUUCACCAUAGAAAUUUGGUGAAACUCACUGGUUGGUGCUAUGAGAAUAGAGAGCUUCUCCUUGUGUACGAGUUCAUGCCUAAUGGAAGCCUAGACAAGUACCUCUUUNGUGACAAAGNUUGUGGUNAUAAUUAUGACUUUGAAGGAGGGUAUNCUAUAACGUUGGACUGGGAAACUAGGNNAAGAGUGAUUCAUGGGGUNGCUCAAGCACUUGACUACCUUCACGAUGGNUGNGAGAGGAGNGUUCUCCACAGAGANAUCAAGGCCAGCAACAUAAUGCUNGACUCAGAUUACAAUGCCAAGCUGGGAGANUUUGGAUUGGCUAGAACAAUUCAGAAGAGAAAUGAAACGCAUCACUCUACAAAAGAGAUUGCAGGCACACCCGGGUACAUGGCCCCAGAAACCUUCCUGACUGGGAGGGCAACGGUGGAGACAGAUGUGUAUGCAUUUGGGGUUCUUGUGUUGGAAGUAGUGUGUGGAAAGAGGCCAGGGAAUGUGUAUUCACAGGAUGACUACAAGAACAGCAUUGUGUAUUGGGUAUGGGAUUUGUAUGGGAAGGGAAAAGUAGUUGGUGCUGUUGAUGGAAGGUUGAAGAAGGAGGAGAUUAUUGAGGAAGAAGUGGACUGCGUUCUUGUUCUUGGCUUGGCUUGUUGCCAUCCAAAUCCACACAAAAGACCAUCGAUGAGAACAGUUCUUCAGGUUCUGAAUGGGGAAGCAGCUCCACCUGAAGUGCCUAAGGAAAGACCAGUUUUUAUGUGGCCUGCUAUGCCUCCAUCUUUCAAAGAAGCUGAAGAUAGCUCGCUCAUCCAGGGAACUCUCACUCCUUUCACUGAGAUCACUGGAAGAUGAUGAAAUAAUAACCGGUUAUUUGAAGAAUUUAAACCACUCUUGGAUUCACAGAUUUUAGCUUUUCUAUGUAAAUACGUACACUGGUGUUAAAUGUGUUGCAGCUUGAUAUAUAUGUAUUGCACACAAA